AUGGCCAAAAAGAAGAAGACAAAGAAGACCAAUCGACUGCCGGCCAAUUCAGUCGUGCCCAACAUUGACAACGGGAGUAGCAGCAACCUGCCUGAGGGUGACGGCUCGUCUGCACUCCCCGAAAAUUUUAAUUAUCAAACCUAUGAUUGGAACACCGGUCAAUUUACAGACUGUCCUAUUUCAUCGUUAUAUUCUUCUCCACCAUCAGAUGACGGCAAUGGUGAAUCUACCGCUGACGCAGAGCCAAAAAAGGACACCCCCCCUGACCAGCAACCACAAGAUGAACCGGCAACUGAUGCUAAUGCCGGAAAAGAUGUCUCUGAAACACCUACAGAUCCAACGGGAAAUGAGGCCUCUGAGAAGCCCGAAAAAGCAACAGACGAGGCACCAUCGGUAGAAGACAAGCCAGCGGAAGAGACUCCAGCAGAGGAGCCGACAAAAGAAUCUCCCGCUGCUGAAGAUCCGCCUGCUGAAAAAGCUCCAGCUGAAGAACAGCCUACUAAAGAAGAAACUCCGGCCGAAGAACCAGUAAAAGAAGCUCCUGUUGCAGAAGAUGGAUCCGCUGAAGAAGCUUCGGCUGAAGAAAAGCCCGCUGCAGAAGAGGCUCCAGCUGCGGAAGAACCAGCAAAAGAAGCUCCCACUGCGGAAAAUCUGCCUGCUGAAGGAGCCCCAACUGAAGAAAAGCCUGCUAUAGAAGACACUCCGGCAGAACAAGAUCCGGUAAAAGAAGCUCCCUCUGCGGAAGAGUCAUGUGCCGAAGAUACAUCGGCGACGGAAGGGUCGCCCGCAGAAGAGGCCCCGGCCAAAGAAACUCUAGCUGCGGGGGAGGCUGCGGAGGAGGCACCGGCUACAGAGCCAUUGACGGAGGAGGCGGCUCCUGAGGAAGCUCCCGUCACAGAAGAUUCCCCUGCGGAAACGGCUCCUGCUCUAGAAGCCCCAGCUACGGAGGAGACACCAGCGCCGGCAGAAGUUCCUGAUACGUCGAACACAGAAGAAUCACCCGUUCAAGAUGCCUCUUCUGAAUCACCCACUACGGAAGAGACAACAGUGGAAGAAACGCCAGCGGAAGAGGCAACGACUCCAGAAGAAUCUCCGGCUGUAGAAGAAUCAUCCGUUGAGGAGGGUCCUGCCGAAGAGGUUCCGGCAAUAGCAGACGUUCCGGCGGCAAUCGAAGGCACAGAAAAUGUGGCCACAGAAGGCACUGAUUCUGACAUUCCAAUUGGAGAAUCUGUUGUUGAGCAGUCUACAGUUGAGGAAGCCGCCGCUGAACUACCGACAGCAGAGGAGACAGCUGUGGAAGAGCCUGCUGCGGAAGAGCCAGUUGUAGAGGUUCCAGCUGCUGCGGAAGACAAAGUCGCCGAAGAGCCUGCUGCUGUAGAGGAGCCAACUGUGGAAGAGGCGGCCACCGAAGAACCAGUUGUAGAGGCUCCAGCUGCUGUGGAGGAGCCUGCUGCUGCUGAAGAAUCUGCUGCCAUAGAGGAGCCAGCUGCUGUGGAGGAACCAGCUGCUGAAGAACCCACCGCUGCAGAGGAACCUGCUUCUGUGGAGGAGCCAGCUGCAAAGGAGCCAGAUGUGGAAGAUCCUGCUGCGGAGGAGGCUUCUGCUACUAAAGAACCUGCUGUUGCGGAGGAGCCAUCUGUGGAAGAGCCAGCUGCUGUAGAGGAACCAGCUGCAGAAGAGCCAGCUGCUGCAGAAGAACCUGUUGCUGCUAAAGAACCUGCUGCUGCUGAAGAACCUGCUACUGCUGAAGAACCUGCUGCUGCUAAAGAACCUGCUGCCGUAGAGGAGCCAGCUGCAGAAGAGCCUGCUGCUACUGAAGAACCUGCUGCUGCGGAGGAGCCAGCUGCUGCUGAAGAACCUGCUACUGCUGAAGAACCUGCUGCUGCUAAAGAACCUGCUGCCGUAGAAGAGCCAGCUGUGGAGGAGGAGGUCGCGGAAGAGCCCGUUACUAAAGAACCCGCCGCUGCAGAGGAGCCAGCUGCUGCUAAAGAACCUGUUGCUACGGAGGAGCCAGCUACUGCAGAGGAACCAGUUGCUGUGGAGGAGCCAGCUGCUGCUGAAGAACCUGCUACUGCUGAAGAACCUGCUGCCGUAGAGGAGCCAGCUGUGGAAGAGCCAGCUAUAGAGGAGGAGGUCGCAGAAGAGCCCGUUGCUGAAGAACCCGCCGCUACAGAGGAGCCAGCUGCUGCAGAGGAACCAGCUGCUGUGGAGGAGCCUGCUGCUGUGGAGGAGCCUGCUGCUGCGGAGGAGCCAGCUGCUGCGGAGGAGCCAGCUGCUGCAGAGGAACCAGCUGCUGUGGAGGAGCCUGCUGCUGCGGAGGAGCCAGCUGCUGCUGAAGAACCUGCUGCUGCAGAGGAACCAGUUGCUGUGGAGGAGCCUGCUGCUGUGGAGGAGCCUGCUGCUGUGGAGGAGCCUGAUGCUGUGGAGGAGCCUGCUGCCGAAGAGCCCGUUGCUGAAGAACCAAUACACGACGGGCCAGCGACCGGGGAGGCAGCGGAAGAACCUGCCGCCCAAGAACCCACUGCUGAAGAGCCGGUUAUAGAGGAACCAGCAGCCGAACAACCCGCCGCUGAAGAGGCCGCUGUCGAGGAGCCUACUGCCGAAGAGGCAACGAUAAGUGAAGAGCCGGUAGUUGAACAGCCCGCCCCCGAGGCGGCUGCGGUCGAGGAACCAGCUACUGCGGAGGCAACAGCUACAGAACCUAAAGCCAGUGAACCUGCUGAAGAACCUGUGGAUGACCAGCCGAAAUCCGAUGAAGCAGUCGUUGAAGAUCCUGCACUCCAAGAACCAACACCGGUUCCGGCGGACCUGGCAGAGGUUUCUGCUGAACAACCAGGAGAAGCAGUUCCUGAACAGUCUGCUCCUGAAGACCUUGUUCCCUUAGAAGAGGCUCCAACUCAGGAGAUAGCUACGGCCGAAGAGAAUCUUUCAAGAGAAUCUGCUCCAGAAUCAACACCAGCGACGUCAGAAGAGGUUUCUGCCGAAGUCCCUGAGGCACUGGCAACUGAAAAAACUCAUGAUGGUUCGCUACCGGCAGAAGAUGUUGCCAAGGAAGAAGCACCUCCCGAAAAGGCUGUAGCAGAGCCCGUCGCUGCAGGAGAAGCAGCAGCACCUCUGGCAGACGAGCCGAAGGCCGUUGAAGAGCCAGUCCCAGAACCCGCACCUGUUGUCGACGAGAAGCCUGCGGAAGAAAUCAAGGAAGAACCAGUGUCAAAGGCCGUGGAAGCUCCCGCUCUAGAAGAUACAGCUCCAAAACCUGUAACUGAAUCAAAGCCGAAAUCGCGAUCGAAAGAGCGAUCGAAAGAAAAAAGGCACAAGAAACAUCGACGGUCCACACCAGGAGAGGAGCCACGGUCUUCAAAAAGCUCAGGUGAGAAAAAACCUAGCUCUCGUCGACCAAGAGCCGAACGAGAGGUGAAGUCUUCACCACCGGCCGAUGCGGCCACUGAAGUAAAGGAGACGAAACACUCAGGGCAUACUAGACAUAGAAGCAGCCGCCCCCGGCCAAAUGAGACUGAAGCUGAGCGAGCAGAGAGACGAAAGAGGCGAGAAGCCCGCAGAGCUGAGGCAGAACGUUCUAAGGAGUCCGGAAGUCCUAAGGAGGAACAAUCGAAGGAAGAACGUCCUCAAAACCCACCAAAGCGACCUCUUGCCCGGCGGUUGUCUCUAUCGGGCCGUGACCGGCCCAAAGCCGCCCCUAAACCUGCCGGUACAGGCCAAAACCCGAUAUCUUCACUUGCCUCUAAGCCCCUUGCUUUGUUAAGAUUAAUUACCACUGGCCAAUCAACAGCUCAUCAGCCGGUUAUGAAAGUGAACGAGCGGGCGAAGACUUCUUCCCCAGUCCCUCCCGUCAAACGACCAUCACCUCCAAAUACUUCUGGCUCCUCUACUCACUCUCAGUCAAACUCAGGCUCUCGUUCUCACUCCGAUAGGCGCCGUGAAAGAAGGUCCACCAACGCUGAAGAAGUUAGGGAGCGAGCACGGCGGAGUAACGCCAGGAGCGAGGAGAAUAAGCUGCGUGAAAGGAAGUCCCCUAAGAUCGAUGAAGGGACAGAGCAAGAAAAGCCUCCCAAACCGAAAACGGAAGAACCGAAGCCUCGAGAACGAAGACUAAGUAGAGGUGAAAAUAGCAAAGAACGAAAGCCAAGCAAGCACGAAGAAGCCAAGGAGAAAGAACCUGCGAAGGAGCAAGAGCAUCGGGAGCAUCGGGAGCACCGUCGAGAACGCCGACGAUCGAUGAGGCUCGAAGCUCCCGCAGACAAGGCCGCGAAGGAGGACCCUCCACCAGAACGACUGCGUCGACGCCGCUCAAGUCUGUAUAAAAACCGCGAGGAUGCUCCCGCAAGCAUGAGCUUCAGAGAGAAGCUUCGACAAGUUCUUACCGCAGCAUGA